UCCCGAGCAAAUACAUCCUUAAUCCAGUUUUGCACUGGUUAAUACUACUGAGUAAAUACAGAAAUAUAUGUUGCCAUUCAGUUGUCUGGUGUUCUGUUUAAAGCUCGAACAGGUGAAAAACAGACAAAGAUUUAUUUUUGUAUUACUACGCUAAGAAAGAAGAAGAAAAACAGCUUUAAGCAUUUAUUCAGUGUCUGACAGUUGCUAUAAUGGAUCAAUAUUCAUUCGUGAAAGUCAUUGGCGGAGGAUCUUUUGGUCGAGCUCUUUUGGUUCAACCUAUAAACGAAGAGCAAAAUUAUGUUAUGAAGGAAAUACGACUGCCAAAGGCUGAUUUUGGGAUAAGAAACAGCAGAAGAGAAGCUGUGCUUCUGUCCAGAAUGAAGCAUCCAAACAUUGUGGCAUUCAAAGACUCAUUUGAAGCUGACGGUCAUCUGUACAUUGUGAUGGAGUUCUGCAGUGGUGGAGAUCUUCUUCAAAAGAUACGGCAGCAAAAAAAUGCCCUGUUCUCUGAGGACGUGAUCCUGAAGUGGUUUGCACAGAUGUGUCUAGGCACCAAACACAUUCACGACAAGAGAGUACUUCACAGGGAUUUAAAAUCAAAGAAUAUUUUCUUGACCGACAGUGGAACUGUGAAGGUGGGGGAUUUUGGUUCAGCUUGUUCUCUAUACAGUGCAAAAGCAUAUGCUCAGACAUAUGUGGGUACUCCAUAUUAUGUGUCUCCAGAAAUAUGGGACAACAAACCGUACAAUAAUAAAAGUGAUGUCUGGUCUCUUGGCUGUGUCUUGUAUGAACUUUGCACACUCCAGCACCCGUUUCAGUCACGUAGCUGGAAGAGUCUGAUCUUGAAGGUGUGUCGUGGGGCAUAUGCACCUUUACCCAGUCACUUCUCCUACGAGCUGCACUACCUCAUCAAACACAUGUUCAAGACUAACCCUGGAGACAGACCCUCAGUACACACAAUCCUCAGCUCUCACCGUGUGUCUCAACUGCUGCAUAAACACCUGGUGCCAGAGAAUAAGGAACUGGUGCAAGAACAAACACGCCACUGGAGGAGAGAGGAAGGAGAGAAAGUGGCCAUGUUUUUAGGACAGAAGAGUUUAGUGACCACAACUAGCACUGAAGGAACUAUGCAAGUAGAACAGUCCCCUGUGGAAAACAACAGCAUUGAUGACCCAGCUUCUCGUAAGAGGUGGGCAGUCAGAACUUGUAAUACCGUGCUGGGGGUCCUAGGAAAUGCUGACAUAAUUUCCACUGGUAGCAUGGAAAAUGCAGAACGGGCUGAUCUCAUUUCAGAGGCUGAGUGUGUGGAGACCCAGGAAAGACGAGUGAGGAAACAAUGGGACAAAGAUCCACCUGAGAGACUCCUGAGUGUUCUGGAGAAAGCGCAGCUCUGUUAUGGCUUUGAGACCUACACUAUACAUAGAGAUGAGCAUGGAGACAAAGUGGAUGGCCCAGAGGAGACGAUCACAGACUACAGUAGACUGGAGCCGCGCUCGGAUGAUGAAGACACGGAUUUUGAAGAGGAGUGUCCAUACGACUGGAUAAAUGAACUAGAGAAAAUGGUGGAUGAGCACUAGAAACUAGUUAUUGUAUAUAUUGUACAUACCUUUGUAUUUGAUGAGUUUUUAAAAUAUUUCUCAUCAUAAAUUAUGAAAAUAUAACAGUAAAGUGAUACUAAUAUCACUAAUGAUGUCACAGAGUGUUGUUUUCAUAAUAAUAAAAAAGUAGUAUUUUAUGUCU